AGGUCGCGCACAGGCGGGCGCGUCGGAGCCGGUUCCGAGCGAUGGGAGGCGCCCACUCUCAGACCCCGAGGGGCCCGGAGCCCACCGGGGAGAGGCCCCCGAGACCCCGAGAGACCGCCUCGGAUUCUGAAGGUAAUUUUGAGACUCCUGAAGCUGAAACUCCAAUCAGAUUGCCUCUCAAGGAAUCCUGUGAUUCAUCACUAGGAUUGGCAAGACCGGAGGCCAAAACCCAAGAAUCACAAGAAGCCGAUGAACAGCUGGUAGCAGAAGUGGUUGAUAAACACUCAUCUGAGACUUGUUCUGGAUCUUUGGGAAAUGAAGUACCACAAAUGCCCACCGAUCCUCAUCCAGCUAGGGAUGUCAAGGAAGAACCUGGUCAUGACACCAGCAAAAUUUCAGUAGUGAGGCCAUUUUCAAUUGAGACCAAGAAUUCCUCCAAUAUCCCAGCAGCUCUCGGAACAGAAGCAUCCCAUGGCCAUGUAACCGCAGUCUCAGGCAACACUUUGCCCUCCAGCAUGCCAGGAGCCACCCAGGAUGAGGCAGUGACAGAAGGCAGCAUGGGGGUUACGCUCGAGGCAUCUGCAGAAGGUGAUCUGAAGUCUGGAGUCUCCUGUCCUGAGCCUGUGGCCAGCAGAAGCAAGCUGAGAAAGCCCAAACCUGUAUCCUUGCGGAAGAAGACAAUUGGGGUAGAAUUUUCUGGGGUGGAAACUGCCACAGAGGCCAGACCUCUUGCCAGGGUAUCUUACCAGACCAGUUCCGAUGAAUUGGAUGAGAAUGCGCAUCCUUCUCUGCUGGGAGGUGAUGGGAGCCAGAGAUCUGUCCCUGGCCUUAAGGAAGCUUCAUACAUGCUUAUUAGUGGCACCAGUGACUCAGGGAUUGAGCCACAAGAAGAGGCAAGAAACUCAGCUCUCAAACUUGAGUUUGAUUUCACAGAAGAUGUGGAAAACAUAGAGGCCAGGAAAGCCCUUCCAAGGAAACUUGGCAAGAAACCCAGUAACAUACUGACUCCCAAGAUACAGAAAGAUGGCAUCCAUAAGCCAGUAGGUGUAGAACAGCCUGCAGGCCUGACAGCUGGAGAUAUCCCUCUCUCCCAGGUGUCUUCUAAGAUAGAGCCUAGUGAGUGGGAUCACCCUGGCUUUAAUUCCUUUGGGAGCCACUGCACUCUGCAGAACUCCCCACCCCUCUCUUCUAAGGUCUCCUACCAUUUUGACCCAGAUAACUUCGAUGAAUCCAUGGAUCCUUUUAAACCGACUACAACUUUAACAAGCAGCAACUUUUGUUCCUCCACUGGUAAUCAUGUUAACGAAAUCUUAGACUCACCCAAGAAGUCAAAGUCGCGUUUAAUAACGAGUGGCUGCAAGGUGAAGAAAUAUGAAAGUCAGUCUCCUGCUUUGGAAACUUGUUCUCAGGAUGAAGAAGCAGUGAUCUCCCAGAUUUCAGACAUUUCUAGUAGGGAUGGCCAUGCUACUGAUGAGGAGAAACUGGCAUCCACGUCAUGUGGUCAGAAAUCAGCUGGGGCCACGGUGAAAGGUGAGCCAGAGGAAGACCUGGAGUACUUUGAAUGUUCCAAUGUUCCCGUGUCUACCAUAAAUCAUGCGUUCUCAUCCUCAGAAGCAGGCCUAGAGAAUGAGACGUGCCAGAAGAUGGACAAAGAAGGAUCUGCUGUGCUCGGAUUGCUUGAGUCCACAGAGAAGGCCCCGGUAUCUGUGGCCUGUGGCGGUGAGAGCCCCCUGGAUGGGAUCUGCCUGAGUGAAUCAGAUAAGACUGCUGUGCUCACCUUGAUAAGAGAAGAGAUAAUCACUAAAGAAAUUGAAGCAAAUGAAUGGAAGAAAAAAUAUGAAGAGACGCGACAAGAAGUCUUGGAGAUGAGAAAAAUUGUGGCUGAAUAUGAAAAGACCAUUGCCCAAAUGAUUGAAGACGAACAGAGGACCAGCAUGACCUCUCAGAAGAGCUUCCAGCAGCUGACAAUGGAGAAGGAGCAGGCGCUGGCUGACCUGAAUUCCGUGGAAAGGUCCCUCUCUGACCUCUUUAGGAGAUACGAGAACCUGAAAAGUGUUCUGGAAGGGUUCAAGAAGAAUGAAGAAGCCUUGAAAAAAUGUGCUCAGGAUUACUUAGCCAGAGUCAAACAAGAGGAACAGCGAUACCAGGCCCUGAAAACUCAUGCAGAAGAGAAACUAGAUAGAGCCAAUGAAGAGAUUGCUCAGGUUCGCACAAAAGCAAAGGCUGAAAGUGCAGCUCUGCAUGCGGGACUCCGGAAGGAGCAGAUGAAGGUGGAGUCCCUGGAGAGGGCUCUUCAGCAAAAGAACCAAGAAAUUGAAGAACUGACAAAAAUCUGUGAUGAGCUAAUUGCAAAGCUGGGAAAGACUGACUGAGAUUCGUCCCAUCAGCUCAGCAGAUCUGCACUUGGUUGCUUCUGCCGUGACCAUAAUUAAUCUUGCCUUAUCCAGGAAUAAUUGCCCCUUUGCAGAGAAAAAAAAAAAAACUUUAUAAAAAGCACACGCCUCCUGCUGCCUGUCCUGCUUUGCUGCCGAUGCAAUAGCCCUGGAGGAGACGAGCGUGGCCCCUUUAGGAAGGAUCGUGGACCUGACAGCUGGCGUCUCACACCAGCUCCAGCUACAGUCCAGUGAGCCAGGCUGCUGAGUGUGGUCUGUCUGUAUUUUGUCUUAGAACCUCUUUACUUUUUCCAGAUUUGUUGAGUUUGUGAUUUUUGCAACUACUGUGUAGAGUCAUCUCUUCUACUUGUCUGGUACUUUGGUGACUUGUUUGAUCUAAUUAUCAUCAUUUUUAUUGAAGGAGGUAAUUUGGCCUAUUGUUAAUUUCAGUUCAUAAACAGGACGUCCCAUAAGAUUGAAUCCUAAGCAGUCAGCGUUGUACAUCAACAGCAGCACAGGACUCCCUCAGAACUGGGGUUUGGCAAAUGUACUCUGGAAUCAUUUGGUUCCUUCUGGUUCCAUUUGUUGAUAUAAACCCAACAUCACAUCUUUGCCAUCUAUUUGAAAUAUGCCAAGAAAACGUACUUAUGAAAGGCUUAGAUGACCUUAUUUAAUGAAAAGGUAACUAGCCCAUUACCAAUUAUAAGGAAAAGAAAUAGGAUUUUUUGGUUGGUUGGUUGGUUUUUGCAGGCCUGAUGUGUUGUUCUUCCAACAAAAUUAAAAAAGGCCAAAAAAUCUUUUCAAACUAUAAGACAGAAUUUUAACAAAACAGGUAAUAAAAAUCAUAUGAGCCCCUCCAUGUGUCUCAGCACAUUGUAUUUUUAAAGACAGUUUGAACACCAAGGUGGUGAAUGUGAGAAGUCCGUACUAACAAACCAAGCUCCUCGAGCUCUUGCUAGCCUCAGAUGAGAGUGGAGGACAUUAACCCCAAAAUGGACAUUUCCCAUGUAAGGCCAGUGAAUCCCUCCCUUUCCAUUUGGUAGGCCAAACCAAAUCUGUGCAAGUGUUUUAGAGCACUCCUUUGUCUUAAUUCUGCACCCCAAAAGGCUUCAUGGUGGUAUGCACUAUGUUCAGUACCUGUACUUUCCUACUUCUCUUGUAAAACUAUUGCAUGAGCCAACUUCAGCACUGAACUGUGCCUCGUGAAAACCUCUGUAGAUCUUGAAAGUGAAUAUUUCCCUAGCAGUGUGUUACUCACGUGGGUGCAAUCUUUAGCCCCAGGGAAGUCAAUAACGUCUUUCAAAGCCAGAAGUCAUGUUUUACCAAUAUGUAUUUAUUAUAAUUGGUGCUUAGGCUGUAUUUUAAAGCCUAUUGUCUUAACAUUUUGUACAAAAAAAAAAAGAACAGAAAUUGUCUUGGUUAGAGAAGUGGCUUGACAAUCAUUUGGGCCUUGAAGUAGUCACUGUGCUUUACUGUGAAUGCUGUCCCAGUAAUUACAGUCUCAAGCAUCUGCUGAUGGUGUGUCCAGUUUCCUCUUUGUCCUCCACUACAGGGGAGGUCAAUGCUGCGGUUUGCAGAAACAUUACAAAACCUUCUGCUGCUGUGUUUUGUUCACAUAUCCAUAUUCUCUUGUUUUAUAUCAGUCUGUUUCAAGUAUAAAAAAGUUAUAAUAGUGUCAUUUUAAAUCCAUAGUCAUCUUUCUUGUUUUCUUUUUAAAAACUUUUUUGCUGUGCUAGAGAUCAAACCCAGUCUUGUACAAAUUAGGCAAGUACUCUGCAUUAAGCUACAGCCCCAGUCCUGUCAGCGUCUUUUUAAUCCUAUUGUGUGUACACUAUGCUGUGCAUUAGGACAUAGCUGAUGGCAGUACUUCUCUAGCACACUAAUCCAAGAGACCCCCUGAAAAUUGAAGCCUGCUGAGUGAAACCCCUGCACAAGGAGCACAGAAGGGCCCUCGUUUAAGUGAUAUUUGCCAUUGACCUCUCAGUUACGACUUUUACAAGGCAUGUCCACCACUCUCAUUUAAUAGGUAGGUCCUCUCCAACGAGAAAAAAACAUACUCGUGCAGCUGGUGCAUCAAGGUAGUGUACAGGCUAAAGCUGAGCAUGUUGGUGUAGACCUGCAAUCCUAGCGCUCUCAGAGGCUGAGGCAGGAGGAUCACAAGUUCAAGAUCUCUUAAAAUUUUAAAAAGGACUGGAGGUGCAGCUCAGUGCAAAGGCCCUGGGUGUUCAGUACCAGAAAAAUGGGGCAGCCAGGGGGUGAAUAUAGUAAGCAAAAUGAAGGAUACCUCUUUUUCUUUAAAAAUAAGCCCCCCCCCCCAAAAAAAAAAGCUUUUUUGCACUCUGGUGAGUAAGAAUGUAGUCUAGGGCAGUGAUGACAAAGUUUUUAGAGCUUUCAGUGAUACAAACAGCCUGCUGUAGCACCUGUGGCAUAGGUGGUCUGGGGUCUGUUUCAACACAUGUGAGGGUUAAAGUACUUGUUCAGUUAAAACAUAAGUGAAAAAGGGAAAUAGAAGAAAGCUGCAGGUUUAGACAGGGGUUUGGGAAUCACUAUGUGAUCUUACUGAGACUGUGAGUCCAGAGCUACUUCUUUAGCUUCUGACUUUGCCAAAUGUAGAAUGCUUUGAUCCAGCAGUUUUUUGAUACAGGCUGAGCAUUUUACUGUGUUCUUGGCUAGAUAGUCACGGCCACUCCUAGACUUGACCUCAUUUGCAAAAACCCCUCUAACCAGUGACCCGCCCUGUGCUCCGCAGAGCUGCUCUAGAGAUGCUGAAAUGCCUAGUGUUCAGCCUCUUAGACCCAGCCCAAUCCAGGAAGUGCGGAAGUGCAUGGUGGUGGGAAACCGAGGCUCGGGGAGUCUUCCAGAGUGGCUGGGAUCUAUGCGCCAGUGGCCUUCCGGCUGCUCACACUCGGGACAGCCUCUACAUGGAUACCAGACGGCCCUAAGCACGUCUGUCUGUGUACAUGGGAAUGGACCACCCCAGCACCCGGCUGCCCGAUCCAGCUCUGCCCAGGGCCCUGCCACCUGCAGACAGGGCUGACAAAGGGCUCCCCAGGGCUGAGAUCAAGUGGGUGUGUCUCCUCUACACCAAGUCACAGUGACACAGUCCAUCCUUUGCUAUGGUGGGAGUGUCCCAAAGCCCCUUGUCUUUCCUUUUUGGUUUUUGUUGCAGGUAGGAGCCAUCUCCUGUGUUGUUCGUGACUGUUGUUUCUCAUAGUGAUGUGACCGGGUGAGCAUACUCUCAGACUUGAAUUCCUUAACCUCUUGUUAGGAAGAGAGAAACUAGGUGUCAAAAGAUUAAAUGAUUCAGGCAAGAGAUUUUAAAGUAAAAGAUGUAUAUAUUCUGAAAAAUUUUAAAGAUAACAGAUUACUGUGCACUUCUUCAAGAACAGACACGGUCUGGGGAUCCCAGAAUGUCAAGCCAAAGGUCUAAGAAGUCAUGUUCUUUCAGAGAUUUUAAUAAACACUUAGAGGAGAUUUCUGUCCAAAAGGCUUUCACUGGACUCCAGAUUCUAAUUCUUUCAAAAAUUAGUUUAUGGGACUGGAAGUAUGGCUCAGCAGUGGAGUGCCUCCCUAGCGUUCAGGCCUGGGGUUCCCUCCCCAGUGCCAUGAAGAAAGGAAAAACAGUUUCCCAUUCGGUCCUUGAGUCUCCACGCAGUGAAGGCAAAGGAAUUGAUGCGGUGUGCUCCUCUCUGUAAGGGUCUCCUUGGGACGACAAACACACGGCAGCACUCUCUGGUGAAGACCAGUUCCCUUGUGCCAGAGCUUGCAUUCUGGAGACUAAAGAUUGCACUUUUCGUAGUUUUUCACCCAAAUGCAAUCCCAUUUCUGUGCCUCGUAGCAUGCCAUUAGAUUUGGACAAACGUGAUUCCUAAGGAAUGACUUUAUUAACUAUAAUAUGGUUACAGCUAUUACAUAAAUAUAUAUUCUGGUUAUAGUUCUAAUGUGGAGAUGUUGUGUGCGAUGCUGGCCUGUGGCAGUCUGUGUAAUGCUUUAACUUGUCAGGAGGAGGCCGAGCCCAGAGCUAGGGUGUGGCCUGAACCUUUUCACUUUGCCACUGUCGGGACGCCUCUGCCUCUGCUUUUUAGUGGCAUCUGGAAUAUACAGUACUCCAAACAGUGUUUCCUAGUCUAAUCAUCAACUGAAAUUCUAGAUUUAGGAAUAAUUGUCAAGUGAACAUAUGCAAAUUUGAGCUCAGAAACCACAUCUAAUCCAGAUACCGGGCAGUGUGUAGGGAGCCACACCCGCAGCAUGGGCCUCGACUCUGUCCUUCCCAGCCACAGGACAGGACCCAGGCACUUUUGCACCUCAGAGGUAGCAGUAGACUUCUCUGUUGCUAUUAGCAAGCGAAUGUUUGCCAGUAGAUCCUCACUGUACUAAUGUGCCAACAGGUAGACAUUCACUGCACAUCUGCUCUCUUGUGUCCCCAUGGCCGCUCAGGUCGUGUGAGGAGCCCCUCAUCUGGAGGGGUGAGUGCUGCAUUGACUACUGCUGUCAGGAUUGUGUUAUGUGGAAUAAUCAUCUACAUAAAUUUUAUAUGCAUAGUAAUUUCCCUUUUUAUAUGUCAGGUAAAUAUUUGUAAAAGUUAUACUCACACAAAUGAAAUUAUUAUAAUGAUUACUAAUAUAUUUUUUCCAUGUUUCAUUGCCUGAAUAAAAACUGUUUACCACUGUUAGA